AUGUACUGGCUUCUCAUAGGCAUCGGGGCAACUUUGGUAGUCGCCUCGUGCGAUGUUGAGCCAGUGGCUCUACCAAUACAAGACGUCCAAGUCGACCCAAAGACGCCAAACUCGUUUAUGAGGGGAAUUCCUGCCAAAGUUGGAACACCUCCUCAAGACAUUGUCAUGUUGCCAUGGGCUGAACUGAACAACACUUGGAUCUACGACACGAACCCUAACUGUGACUCUUCCAUCAUUUGGAAUGAAAAGAUUUGCGAAGUUAGAAGGGGGAACCUAUUCCUAGAAGACGCGUCGACGACUUUUACCAAGGCCUCUGACAUCGUAUCUGCCGGUGGCGCACCAGAAGAAAUCACCACAGCUGGUACUGAGAUCGGAGUCAAGAAGCUCAUCUCAACUGCUGUAGGUGGUAAAGACCGUCUCGCUGUCGGAUUUACGAGCCUCAACAAUACACCGAUUGGAAUUCCCACGUUGAGAUGGGACAACGGUUACACCAUGCUCCAUGCUCUAGGGCUAGGAGCCAACUCAACCUACCUCACGUCCCUGGCACAGGCUGGUCAGCUCGGAUCCCGUGUGUGGUCCAUAUUCUGGGGCCGCAUGUGGACCACCAGCAACAAUAUUGACGGUUCUUUGGUAUUGGGAGGCUACGACUCCGCGAAAGUGACCGGAAAGAAUGCCACUCAACGCCUCGACUACAGCGAGUCGACAGGAUGCUGGACAGGAAUGAAGGUCACCGUCACUGAUGUUCAAGUUAAUUUCCGGGACGGAAGAGACAAGAGCAUCAUGCCUUUGAACACGGCGCUUCAAUGCUGCCUCGUCCCCCAUAGACACUUACUAUGGGAAGCGCCCGUUACAUUUGUAGAUGCUUUUGAAAAUGUUACCAAUUCCAAGGAUACUGGGGUCUCCUUCGGUCUGCACUGGUCGGCCCGAAUUCUCGCUACAGAUACGAUAUUUGAUGGAGAUGUGACUUUCUUCCUCAGCUCCGGACUACAGAUUAGAGUGCCCAACAACCAGUACAUCGUCCCAUAUGUCGACAUUGAACGAAAUGGGUCUCGGACCAUCAAUAACGCCAGGAAAGAGUUGCUCUUUAGCGGCCUUUCAGAUCAGCCCGCAACACUGGGGCGUUAUUUCCUCACUGCCGCCUACCUGAUGGUAGACCACGACGCCGAAACAUUCACUCUAUGGCAAGCCAACCCCACGACCAGGAGUUCUCUUGUCAAAAUCACAGGUGACAAGUCGAACUGUGGAAAGCCCCAGACGUCACGGAUUGCCAUAUACCCGACCAGUACCGCCACAGCUGGGCCCAACAACGACAACCAACCGGUGUCAGCCGGAGCACAGACUGGCCUUAGCACGGGGGUCAUUGCCGGCAUAGCCAUUGGCGGGGCCGCGGCUCUCGCUGCGGUGGGAUUGGGCAUAUUUUUCUACCUUCGGGCGAGGGAGCGGAAGGCCAUACAGCCCUCGCCGCCCCCAUACGAACCAGAUCCUCCUGCUCCCAUGACCCAGGAGACCUGGCCCAAGUACAACUAUACACAGGGCACGCAUGAGGUGCAGGGGUCGCAUGGGUAUUAUGUUAAUGAGCUAAGGGGACAAGAUCAUUUUGUUUACGAGAUGGAUGGAGGUAACGGUCAGCGGAGAUAA